GCUUGCCCAAACCCCCUCAACCUUGAACAUGUAAACAUUAUAUAAUACUUUAUCAUGGUGACGAGAAGCAAGCCGUUGAUUGAUGCGAAGUUCCAGCGUGGAUGAGGUGAAAGGAACUCAGUGACCUCAAGGAUUAAGUUUUAGGGAAGAUAGGAAGGCCAAUAUGUCUGAAUUAAAGCCAAGUCAACAGAUGCUUUCCUCGUGCACGGGAGCGGUGAUCACGUCGCUGUUUAUGACUCCAUUCGAUGUUGUCAAAGUACGCAUCCAAGCACAACAAAGAGCGCUCCUUGAUCGUUCCUGCUUCUUGUAUUGCAAUGGCCUCAUGGAUCACAUCUGCAAUUGUGCAAGAACCAUUUGUACACAUCCAGAGAGUGCACCUUGGUACAACAGACCUGUUCCAGUACACUUGAAUGGAACUGUAGAUGCAUUUGUCAAGAUAUCUAGACAGGAAGGCAUUCAGUCCCUUUGGUCUGGACUUCCACCCACACUAGUCGUAGCUGUACCAAACACCGUCAUAUACUUCACCUCCUAUGAGCAACUGCGUGCGAAAUUCCAUCAGUUUGCACCAGAAGAAGCAGGAGGUCCACCCUCAUGGGCAGGAGGGCUGGCGGGAGGUCUUGCAAGGGUCUGGGCUGUGACACUAGUCUCUCCCUUUGAGCUCGUCAGAACAAAGAUGCAAGCGAAGAGUAUGUCAUAUAGAGAAGUGGGAGAAGUCCUACGAACACAACUAGCAAGGGAAGGAGUUGUGAGCCUGUGGCGGGGAUGGGUUCCCACAAUCCUACGAGAUGUUCCAUUUUCAAUAUUAUACUGGUAUACGUACGAGAAGCAGAAAAAGUUAAUGAAGCAAGAAUACCCCACAUUCACCUUUACAUUAUUUGCUGGUGCAUUAUCUGGUGGAGUAAGUUGAAUAUUUUGUAAUAAAUGAG